UGUCUAAUCAAGUGAUCUAUGUAUUUAUCUCCAAUCACAAGUGGCAAAUCGCUCUUGCUCCCGCCACGCGCCCGCAAGUGGCACUCCCGUAAUUACACACCACAAACAGUGCCUCCCUAACCCCAAAUAUCAAAAUCCCCUCUAAACCUCUAUGUUCUCUAUUUCUCUCUCACGCAGCCAUUCCCAUUUCCCACUCGCCCAAAACCUCAGCAACCAAACAAACGCCGCCGCCGUCGCCAUGGCCGCGAUCGCGCGACUGAGGACUGCCGCUCUCGGGCUCCGGCCCAACCGCGGGUUCGGAUCGGCGGCUGCGGUCCAGUGCUACUACGACGACGACGACUACGACGACGAGGAGGAGAUGGAAGAGGAGCGCGCGCCACGUGGCGCACUGGACGCGCAGGGUUGCGCGCCGGAGAACGGAGUGCAGUGGGUGAUGAUAGGGGAGCCCGGCGCCAAGAGGCACCAGUUCGCUCAGAGACUCUCGAAGCUUCUAGAAGUCCCGCACAUUUCCAUGGCCACGCUCCUCAGCCAGGACCUCAACCCUCGCUCCUCUCUCUACCAGCAGAUAUCACAUACCCUGGAUCAUGGAAAACUUGUCCCUGAGGAUAUUAUUUUUGGUCUACUAUCGAAGAGAUUGGAGGAUGGAUACUCGAGAGGCGAAACUGGGUUCAUUCUUGAUGGAUUCCCACGAACAAGGAUCCAAGCUGAGAUUCUUGAUCACAUUGCUCGUGUUGAUCUGGUGGUGAAUUUCAAAUGUUCAGAAGAGGAGUUAAGGAAAAAGAAUCUAGGAACUCGAAAAUUUAAUGCUUACCAAGAAUAUAUUCUUAUGACCAGCUCCAGGACAACAAAACAAUUGCAGGAUGAUCAUGACCAAAGUCAUGCAGACAAGUGCAAGCUCUUGGAAGAUUACUACAGGAAGCAGAAGAAACUUCUUAACUUUGAAGUAGCAGGUGGGCAUGGAGAAACCUGGAAGGGACUUCUUGCAGCACUACAUCUUCGGCAUAUUAAUGCUCUUAGGUCUUCACAGAAGUUAACUGCGUGAAGAAUGGCAACCGAUCUUCUAUGGCAUCAAUCCAUUGUCGGCAUUCUAGUAUAUUUGAAUACGAGAGGCUACAAUUUCCUAGAAAUUGUGUCGGUGUCUAAAUCGGUGAUUGUUUUUCAAAAUUUUGAGAAUGCUUAGUUUUUUCUGUAGUGCAACCGUCCAAGUUUGAAUGAAUCAAUACGUAUUGUGUGGUCCUAAAUCCUGAUAGUCAGUACGUGUUGUCUUUUUUUGUUCAAUGGCUCCUAUGUAAUCUCUUUUUCUAGUUAAUUUUUCCUGGUCCCCAGUCCCAGAAUCACUUUAUCAUGUGAUGUUGUAAAAUAUUAGAAGUUACCUAAAAUUUUCUGCCUGGUUUCUGUGACUGUCUCAAAUAUCAUAUAGUAUUUCUUUUUGUAAA